AUGGCGCUUAGUAUAAUCGCUGUACAUGGGCUCUUAGGAGAUUGGGAACACACAUGGACGGAUGAAGGAAGCGGAAACUUAUGGCUUCGGGACUUCUUACCGUCGACCGUUCCUAGCGCACGGAUUUGGUCGUACGGCUAUGACUCAAGCAUUGUGUUUUCGCAAUCAAUCAACGAGAUUGAUGUAGAAGCCAGGAGUCUUCUAGAUAGGCUCCAGGGAGUGCGAGAAGAGACUAGAACACCUGAGAAGCCCAUCAUAUUCAUUUCUCACAGCCUUGGAGGCAUCAUUGUGAAAAAGGCCUUGAUACUUGCUCAUGAAAUGUCAAGCUUCUAUGGUGGGCUCUUGAGCCACGUCCACGCAGUCGUCUUCUUUGGAGUCCCUCACAGCGGUUCGGACGCUGCCGUCUGGGGAAACUUCAUAGCACGUCUGCUGAAAUUGACGCCGUUGCCCGUAAACACAAAUUUCAUCGGCCCCCUACAGAGGAACUCAUCCGCCUUCCGGGACAUCUCUCGCCAGUUCAUUCAAAGAGGUUCCCAACUCGUAAUCAGAACUUUUUUCGAAACUAAGAAAAUCGGAAACCAAGUGAUCGUCUCAAGGGAAUCGGCAAGCCUGAAUCUACCCAACGAGCUUGCACUUGCAAUACCACAGUCAGACCAUCGAGACCUGUGCCGAUUCUCUAAUGUUGAAUCCCAGAAAUACGCCCCGGUGCGGAGAGCGAUUAGAAACUUGAUCGAUUCUGCUCUGAGCGCUUCUCAGACUGCCUUGAUCAACUCUGCUUCAAGUGCCUCACCCAAGGUGGAACCCACUCGGAAAGUCGAAGAGGGAGCGGCCACUCCCAAAGCUAAAGAGGAGAUACAACCACUUACAUCCUUGGAUGAGAACAUCCCUGCCAUAUUUCUCCUAGUCCUCAACGGAAAUGCCUAUGGUAUCAAGCAACUUUUGGACCAUGUCGACAAGAGCCAAGUGCAUGCCGUUUUCAAACCUCUGAAGUACGGAUCCCAGCCCUUGCACAUUGCCGCGAUAAAGGGAGAUGCCGAGAUUGCCCGCAUUCUGCUUGAACGCGGCGCUAGUCCUACAGCUCUGUCACUCGAACACGGCUGCACUGCCCUGCAUUAUGCUGUCGAUGGAGGUUUUUUUGACGUUGUGGAUGAAAUUCUUCACCGCGACGACAAUGGUCAGCUUAUGUAUCCAGUGGGAGACACUAUCAACCUCAGCACCCCUCUAAACCACGCUCCUCCCUUGGUUUUUGCAGCUCAAAAUGGGUUUACGAGGAUCGUGCAGGCAUUGCUAGAAGCCGGGGCAGACCCGAAUGUUCACGGCAUUAACGGCGCAAACGGGUUGCACGUUGCCGGAGGACAACAAUUCGAUGACAUCGUAGCCGCUUUGCUGCAAGCUGGCGCAGACCCGAAUAAGGCCAAUCCCGAGGGGAUAACACCGCUCCACGUCGUGAACAGCGCUCGCUCGGCCGAGAUGCUAAUUGAUGCUGGGAGUAAUUUGUCGGCUACAAUCUAUAGUAAAAACCCAUACAACUUCACCAUAGGAGCGACACCGCUGAGAGUCAGCGUGGAUUCUGGAAACCUCGCGGUCGUUGAGGUACUGGCGAGGCAUUGCACCCGGGAACAGCUGAACAUGAAGGCCGCCGAUAGGAAGUCCGCGCUAGAAGCCGCUAUUGAUCCGUUCAAGUCCUCAAUUUCAAAGGUGCUCUUCAACGCCUUCGAGCUUCUAUUAGAAAAAGACAAGGAAAGCGUAGCUGAUAUCAACGAGUAA